AUGGAAAAUGACUUCCACUUGCUUCCCCGCCAGAUCUGGGCAAAUCCAACUCCGACUACGACGAAGACUUAUUCACCAGGUUGUACGCCUGUCGUCUUGCCCAGUAAUGGACUCAUAUAUCUCAACAAGUCAUUCGCUAUUACCCUCAGUGAGAACGCCGUCUUCGAACCUGUCUGCACAGGCUCCCCCACCGACGAGGUUCACAUCUCCGCCGUCCUCGAUACCCGCGAUCCAUUCUAUUCCUCCAUUACCCCACAGCUCUAUGCCAUCGGCUGUGCUACCGUCGUUAGCUACCUACUCGUCAUCAUCCUUCUCAUCACACCGCGCACAUUCUAUGUUGGUGGCCCCGGCGGCGGUGGCGCCAAUUUCCUCGGCCGCCAUGGGAUGAUCAGCGGCUCAUAUAGUGGAAAUUCGUCGGUGGUCGGAGUCGGCGGGCGACCAUGGCUACAGAAAGUGGCUGCGAUUUUGGUUGCGAUCUCACUGACGAUCGCUACGGUCGAUUCUUUCAAAGUCGCGGAGCGGCAGUACAAUUAUGGGUUUUCCGAUGCGGAGGCGCUUUCCCAGGAGGUUAUUGACGGGAUGGAAAUUCGCAUUGUGCGCGUCAUAUCAAGCACUUUUCUGUGGCUUGCACAGGUUCAGACGCUGAUUCGAUUGUUUCCGCGACAUAAGGAGAAAGUCAUGAUCAAAUGGGCUGGGUUUGCGUUGAUUGUGCUGGAUACCACUUUUAGUAUUUUGGACAACUUUUGGGCGAGGAACUCUUCACCACGACCCAGGCUAUACGAGGAUGCUAUUCCUGCUUUGAGCUACUUGUUCGAGUUGUCGCUUAAUCUUCUCUAUGCCGCUUGGGUGAUUUUCUACUCAAUAUCGAAGCACCGAUACGCAUUUUUCCACCCCAAGAUGCGGAAUAUCUGCUUAGUGGCUCUUCUCUCGCUAUGCGCCAUUUUGAUACCCGUCGUCUUUUUUGUCUUGGAUAUCGCCAAGCCGGAAAUUGCUGGCUGGGGUACCUAUAUUCGAUGGGUUGGCUCUGCCGCGGCCAGUGUGGUGGUUUGGGAGUGGGUGGAACGCAUUGAAGCGCUGGAGCGAGAUGAAACCAAAGACGGGAUUUUGGGGCGAGAGGUUUUUGACGGCGAUGAAAUGCUUGAAGUUACUCCGUCCGAGGAAGUUGACUGGCCACGCUUCUCGGCCCAAGGACCUGACCAAGGCGGGAAUGGCGGAUCUUCUGGAUGGGGCGGUGUGAUGGGCUUAGCCCAUCGACCUCUACGAGCCCGGGCUGGAUUGCCUCGCGGCAACCGAAGGAAAGGAGCCGGAGCACCACCAAAUAACCAAGCGGCUGCCUCCGCGCCACGGGGCCCAGACGAUAAUAGGCCCACACCACCCCAAGUGGUGACCACACCGAUUAGCCGAGCCGAUACUACUAGUGCAGCAAGCACAGUGUACAAUGUCAGGUAUCAUUCAGUGGCUAGCCCUACGCCUCCCGCCGCCAUGCCAAAUAUGCACGAGGAAGAGGAAUUGGACGAAGCUAAAGAGGUGGAAGAUAGGGGACCACAUACUGUUGACACAAAUAGUCAUGCUCUGUCUGCUCAAAAUACCCGCGAGGAGUCGCCGCAGAUUGUCCCAGCCGAUCCACGAUGGCAUGUUCUCUUGCACCCAUUCAGGAGACGACGCGCAUCUUUGCCGAAAGAAGUGGCGUCUGCACAAGCCGGCGAGGAACAGUCAGAACACAGACCCUCUGCUGCAGCGGAAGAGGCCGCAGAAACAAAUGCUGCCCGAUCUCGAGCCGAUCACUUCUUUUCUCUUCAUCGGAAAGCCCGACUGGGUAAUGGACCACAAAACCCCGAUGGCUCAUUACCCGUCACCGUUAUUCCAGCACGUCGCCGUGGCCAACACACAUGGUCACCACAGAACCGACUGCUGGAGGAUACUCGGCCACCAGGAGAGAGCCGACCGAUAGAAUCACAACAUCACGAAUCGGCCUCUAAUCGGCCCAAUUUGCCUGUACGGGUGAUUCCUUCUCAACCCCACGCGUCUGCUCCAUGGACGGAGGCAGACAUAGAACGGGGAGGCGGGGAUUAUGUUCUGCAAUAUGACCCAGAAGCUGCCGCAUUAGUUAACGAAGACGUGGCCCAUUUGGAUCGUGCCAAUUACCGACAAAGUUGGACAGAUACGACAUGCUCGGAAGAAAGAAAUGAUGUGUCAGCGGAAGAGCCAUCUCACGCCGAGCACGGGCCUAACGAAGGCCGGCACAGCCACGUUUGA